AUGGCAAAUAAGUGCGGCGCCUGUGGUCGUUUUGCUUCUACAAUAGACUCGACAAAAUGCUCAAGUUGCACUCAUUUAUUUCAUCGCAAAUGUGCUAGUAUUCCUAUUGACGGCCGAAUAUCAAAUAAAUGGCAAUGCAGCGGUUGUAAGGCAAAAAAUGUAUGUGCGAGUGGGGUGAACACAAUUGCUACGCCUAGUUCGUGUAGCUCGGGCGGCACGGACACAGAGUUCGGCGAUGCACAGCUUGGAUCCGACGAUAGAGGGCGCUGUGAAACUAAUGUCGACUUAGCAAACGAGCUAAAAUUAAUACGCGAGCAGUUGACUACUAUUGCCCGCGAAAUGGUAUCUUUUCGCCAGGAAAUCACUAACAUUAAUUCUAAUGUUAGUGAAAUAAGUAACAGGGUUAGCGACGUCGAGAAAAGGAUCGCAUGUCUUGAGGAGCAGGCAACUAACUUGACGAGUCAACCUGGAGGGUCCAAGGUCGAAGAUAGCGUAGCGGAGUUAAAGUGUCGACUUAACGAGCGUGAUCAAGAAUUACUUUUAAACGAUUUGGAAAUAUCUGGUGUAAUAGAACAGAAGGGCGAAAACCCCUUGCACCUCGUCACUAUGCUUGCGGCUAAAAUUGGCACUGAAUUGGAUGAGCGCGAUGUUGUAAGUGCAAGGCGUAUAGGCAUGCGCCGUGAGGAAAUACCAGGCAGCGGUGACAAGCGGAGGCCGCGUCCCGACCCUAAGAUUUUGACAGAAGGCACGGCCCAAGGAUCGGUCCUUGGCCCGUUGCACUUCUUAUCUUAUGUCAACGAGUCUGAAACACAGUUCCUGUUACCAAUUCGCAGACGAUACGUGUCUUCUCGUAUCGGGUAA